CUCCCAAGUACUGGAAUUACAAAUGUUCUGCCCACCUCACAGUGCUUGAGAACCCAAGGUGCAGUGCUGUCCCCAGGGGUCUGCGAUGAAACCGCCCUUGAAACAAUGGCGACAACGAAUGCUCUUUGGAAUUUUUGUUUGGGGACUCCUCUUUUUGGCGAUUUUCAUCUACUUCACCAACAGCAAUCCUGCUGCACCUAUACCCAGCUCCUUUUCCUUCCUGGAGAGCCGUGCGCUCCUGCCUGUGCAGGGCAAGCAGCGGGCCAUCAUGGGUGCUUUGCAGGAGCCCUCCUUGCCCAGAACGUUGGAGGCGAGAAAACUGCUGCUGGGCGGCCACCCUGCCAGCUCCUUCCCCAGCGGGCCUGGGGAUCCACAGAAAUGGGACCAAGCCCAAGAUGGCUUUGACAAUGGAGAAGAGAUUUUUUCAUCCCAGGUCGGGAGGAAAUCACAAAGUGCUUUCAACCCCGAGGAAGAUGGCUACUUUUUUGUUGCAGGUCAACCAGGGUGGCACCAACACUCACAGGGCACACUGGGGCUGUCUCCUGGGGAGACAUCGCUGCGGGCAGCAACCGCCCAGCACAAGCGGGAGAAGCCACGCCACGCAAGGCGAAGCAGAAUGCUUGAGGAGGCCUAUGACAGCGACAUGCUGCCUGCCUCCAUGUCCAGAGCUUUCCUAUACCGGCUCUGGAAGGGCGCCGUGUCCUCUAAGAUGCUGAACCCGCGCCUGCAGAAGGCCAUGCGCUACUACAUGUCCUUCAACAAACACGGUGUACGCUUCCGCAGACAGCGCGAGGUUCGGCGCUCUGGACCAGAGCUGCUGUGUGAGCUGCGAAGGCGCGUCCGUGUGCGCACGCUGGACGGCAAGGAAGCACCAUUCUCGGCGCUGGGCUGGCGGCCUCUGGUACCCGGGGUGCCUCUGAGCCAGCUGCACCCACGCGGCCUGCGCACCUGCGCAGUAGUCACGUCUGCCGGUGCCAUCCUGAACUCCUCCUUGGGGGAGGAAAUCGAUUCUCAUGAUGCAGUUUUGAGAUUUAACUCUGCCCCUACACGUGGCUAUGAGAAAGAUGUUGGAAAUAAAACCACAGUACGCAUCAUCAACUCUCAGAUUCUGGCCAACCCCAGUCAUCACUUCCUUGACAGUUCUUUAUAUAAAGAUGUUAUCCUGGUGGCCUGGGACCCAGCUCCGUAUUCUGCUAAUCUUAACCUGUGGUAUAAGAAGCCAGAUUACAACCUUUUCACUCCAUACAUCCAGCAUCGCCGGAGAUACCCAACUCAACCAUUUUACAUUCUUCACCCCAAAUUCAUAUGGCAGCUUUGGGAUAUAAUCCAGGAGAACACGAAGGAAAAGAUACAGCCCAACCCACCGUCUUCUGGUUUCAUUGGAAUCCUCCUCAUGAUGUCCAUGUGCAGAGAAGUGCACGUGUAUGAGUACAUCCCUUCUGUCCGGCAAACAGAGCUGUGCCACUACCACGAGCUGUACUACGAUGCAGCCUGCACCCUGGGGGCAUACCACCCACUGCUCUACGAAAAGCUCCUGGUGCAACGCCUGAACACGGGCUCCCAAGAAGAUUUGCAUCAUAAGGGCAAGGUGGUCCUGCCAGGCUUCCGGGCCUUGCGGUGCCCAGUAAUCAACCCCAACAAUACACACUCAUAAAAUCGAACUCUUGGGAACUGAUGUGCAAUAAGGGACUGCUGUUGUCCUCAAAGUCACAAAAGAAUACUUGAAGAUAGAUUUAGACAAUGUGUCGUCUUUAACUGCAACUUAGUGGAAGGGAGAAUUCUUUCUAGUGCAAGCCAUUUGGGUAACUACUACUGCCAUGAAUAUAGAAAUGGAACUCUAAAACCACACAAGAAAUAAGCAAAAACAGGAUACACAGAAAGAAACAGAUGUGUAGCCAUGGACACGAUACCUCUAAACAUGUUAACCUCUACAACAGGGACACUCUGUGGCACAGUUGGGUCCAACCACAGGUUUGAGUGAUACUACUGAUGGUACUGUUUCCAUCUAGAAAUAUCCAAGUUGAGGCCCUACAGCUAGCAUAUUACUUGUACUCGCAUUCUUCAUUAAGAAGCCUGGGUUUUGUGGUGAAUGUCUGAAUUCUCACUCAGAUGUGUUUAACAUCAACAUGAUUUUCAACCACAGCUUUGCAGCUUUGCUUCCCAGCACUCUCUGGAUAUUACAACUGAGAACCAGGGUACGCUACAGCUACAACUCAUCCAAACCAAGUAAUGCAAGAAGCCAAAACCAAACUUCUGCUGGCAGCAAGGAACAGCUCCUUUGUCUCCCUGAAGCAUCUUUCACCCAGCCAGCAGCUGGCACACACAGGUGGCAGUACAGGUGGUCCUGCAGGGUUGUGGCUGUCAGGUUUCCCUGCCUUUUUCUUUCACUUCAUGCUUCUGGCCUUCAAGGACACCCUGUAGCUCUCACAUAGCCAGUGACAUGUAGAACAGUUACAGUAUCCCUGCAUUUCUGCAUCCUUAUUCCUCCUAAACUACAAAGGAUGGUUUUGAAGUACCCGUUCUGAGCUGUACAGGAUGCACCCCUUUCUGUCAAUUCUAUAUGAAAUUGCUGUAGGCUUUUCUCAAGGAUUAGAAACAACCCUCUUGUGCUCUGAGUGUUCCCCAGUUCUAUUCAUGAACAUCUAGGAAUCCACUCCUAUUUUAUGUUAAGAAUGUGAUGGACACAGAUUGGUUUUAACAUGUCUGACUGAUGCGCAGGCAGGAGAAAGGGUUUUUCCCAGUGGAUAGCUGUGUUCAGAUUCUAAAACCAGGCUUCUAUCACUAACACAGCCUUUUGUCUGGGGGUUUUGUUUGCUUGUUUUUUUUUUAUGAAAAUAGUGGAAAAGAAUCAUGUUAGAAUUCUGUAAUUAAACAGGCGAGGCUGUUAUUUCAAUACCAAUCCAAAGAAACUCUCAGUGGUAUAGUUAAAAAUCUUUUCAAAUUGACAAUAACAGUUUAAUUAAAGGCAAGCUCCACCCCUUGCAAAAUGUGUGAGUAUCAAGGUUUUGUGGGAGAAGAAAUGUUUCAUGUUGAGUUUGUUCCAGAACGUUCUAAGGAUUACUUCCUAAGGAAGACUGGUUUUCUGAGGCUACUAGCUUCUGUUUGGUUAUUAUCCCCUGCAGAGUUGAAGCAGGACUGCAGAUGCCCCCAGUGGCUUGGAACAGCAGUGAA